AGAAUAAAUGAACAAAUCAAACGGUUAGGAGGCAUCAAAAUCAACUUGAUGUUAGUAUCAUCUAUGGCAAGUGCACAUGAUUUUAUCCUACACAAUCAAUCCUCUAAUGACUGAAACAACACAAUAACAACUCCAAAAAUUUCAUAUAAAACAUCCUUAUUAAAACAUAAUAAUCAUAUGUUAUGUAAUAAAAGCAUAGUACAAACUCUCCCCAAGAAUAAGGAAAAUGAAGUCUCCUCUCUCUGCUUCUUCUUCUUCUGUCCUCAUCAGAAAAGCUCGUCUCUCUCCAUUUCUCUUCACUCUUCUUGCCUUCAUUGUCUUCGUUGCUAUCCUUUAUGGCGAAGACUUCAUGUGUCUCCUCGGCCAACUCGACCCAAACUCCGGCAGCCUCCUAACAAGAACUGAGAAGAAGUGGGAGAAGCUACCUUUUGCCAUUGGGAAGACACCAGAAGGGUGUGAUAUUUUCAGUGGGAGAUGGGUGAGGGAUGACUUGACUCGUCCACUUUACGAUGAGUCGGAAUGUCCUUAUAUUCAACCGCAGUUGACUUGCCAAGAACAUGGCAGGCCUGAUAAAGAUUAUCAAUACUGGAGAUGGCAACCUCAUGGCUGUGAUCUUCCAAGUUUCAAUGCCACGUUGAUGCUUGAGACCCUACGAGGAAAGAGAAUGAUGUUUGUUGGGGACUCAUUGAACCGUGGCCAGUAUGUUUCUAUGGUCUGUCUUCUUCAUAGACUCAUCCCUGAAGAUGCCAAAUCCAUGGAGACUUUCGAUUCACUCACUGUCUUCACUGCCAAGGAGUAUAAUGCCACGAUUGAGUUCUACUGGGCACCAUUUCUUCUAGAAUCAAAUUCUGACAAUGCUGUCAUUCAUAGGAUAUCUGAUAGGAUUGUAAGGAAAGGUUCAAUCAACAAACAUGGCAAGCAUUGGAAAAAAGUUGAUAUUAUGGUCUUCAAUACUUAUCUAUGGUGGAUGACUGGUCUCAAAAUGAAGAUCUUGCGAGGGUCUUUCGACGACGAAGCGAAAGAUAUCGUGGAGAUAGCGACGGAAGACGCUUACCGGAUGGCAAUGAAAAGUAUGUUGAGAUGGGUUAGAAAGAAUAUGAACCCUAGGAAAACUAGGGUCUUCUUCACCAGCAUGUCACCUUCUCAUGGAAAGAGCAUAGAUUGGGGAGGUGAACCGGGACUCAACUGUUAUAACGAGACAACUUUGAUAGAUAAUACGACCUACUGGGGUUCGGAUUGCAGGAAGAGCAUAAUGGAAGUGAUAGGAGAAGUGUUUAGUAAAUCGAAAUUCCCAAUCUCAUUUCUGAACAUAACUCAACUAUCAAGUUAUAGAAAAGAUGCACACACAUCAAUCUACAAGAAGCAAUGGAGUCCAUUGACUCCUGAGCAGCUAGCUAAUCCUGUAAGCUAUGCAGAUUGUGUGCAUUGGUGUUUACCUGGCCUUCAAGAUACUUGGAAUGAGCUUCUAUUUACCAAACUCUUUUAUCCUUAAUAGAUUUUACUCAUAAAAUCAUGAGUGGUGAAUUAAAGCUCUUUCUUUUUUCCUUUGAAAUGGGGUUUCUGAGUGUUGAAAUUUUUUGGUGGAGUAAUUGAUGUUGUGGAAUUGGGAAGGAGGAGAGAAAGAGAUGAAACAAAAUGUCGAGAAAAGAUAAAGAAGAGAAUCUGUUUAUAAUAGUAGUCAUUAUUGUUGCAAUGGAAAUUCACAGCAAAAUUUUUGUUUGUGAAAUGAAAAGCUCACUGCUUUAGAAAUGCCCCUUUUUC